UCCAGGAAGCAAACGAGUAGUUAGCGCUGACCUGGGGCAUGUGUGGGUCCUGGAGUCAGGCCAUGUGGCCUUGGGGGAGUGUCUGCCACCCGCACCUGCUCCCCCAGCUCGCGAGCAGGCCAACAAAGACCCCAGUGUCACAGGCUUGUAGGAGGGAACUGUUCCAUUCGGGCAGCUGGAACAGCUCAGGGGAAACCAGGGGGAAACCGAGGCUCAGAGCCUCAGGGUCCCAGGGGCCUGGGCUAUGCUGUCCCAGUGCCCUCAGCCCACAGCUGGCCGAGCCCCAGCCGGCGUGAUCCCAGCGUGGCCCAAGUGGACAUUCACCUAACGCAACUGUCGCGCCACCACCAGGCCCUUGCACAACACCGGACACCUGGUUGUCCAGUUAACAAUUGACCAGGAAUUGGGGGGGCUGUGGGGACAUAAAAGGUGGCGGCAGUGGCACUGUGGCCGCGCCCCCGGAGCCUCAGCCAUGCCCAUGCUCAUGCUCUGCCUGCUGUGCGCCCUGGCAACAGUGGCUCGGCCUGUCUCUGCGGCUCCCAGGGGCGGCCAGGAGCCAGCACAACAGGAGGAGUUGACCCUCCUCUUCCACGGGGCCCUGCAGCUGGGCCAGGCCCUCAACGGCGUGUUCAAGACCACGGAGGCACAGCUGAUGGAGGCCGGGCACAGCCUGGGCCUCUAUGGCCGUGCACUAGGGCUCCUGGGGCAGGAAGUCAGCCAGGGCCGGGAUGCAGCCCGGGAGCUACGAGCAAGCCUGUCAGAGUUGCAGACGGAGGAGAAUGCUCUACAGCUGCAAGCAGAGGCUGCAGCCCAGGCGCUGGGGGAGGCAGCCCAGGGACAGCAGGAGCUGCGGGAGAGCAUGCAGGGGCUAGAUGCCCGGCUGAGGGGCGCCCAGCUGGGACACGCCCGCCAAGAAUUGGAGGCCUUAAAGGCCCGUGCCGAUAAGCAGAGCCACAUCGUGUGGGUCCUCACGGGCCAUGUGCAGCGGCAGAGGCAGGAGAUGGCGGCCCAGGAGCACCGGCUGCGACAGAUCCAGGAGAGGCUCCACACAGCGGCGCUCCCCGCCUGA